GUAUCCGUGGGUAUGCGUGGGGUUGGGGGCGGGGCUGGAGGUGGGCCCACUCCUGAACCUGGGUUAACUAGGUUAAUUUGGUUACCUGCAAUAGAUUCAAGUUGAUAAUCAUCUACAUCUUAGUCUAGUUCUAACUAAGACUAACGACUUGGUUGGCCUUAAACCUCCUCAGACCCAAUCAGCCCCGAACAAGUUCAAACUAGGGUUAAGUCUAGUCCAGACAAGUGGACAAAGUCCGAACAAAGUCCGAACUUGUCCAGACGAGUUCAGACUCGUGCUAACAUUUACCCUGAUGAGUUCAAACGUGUUCUGACUCGUCUGGUCUCAUUGUCCGUUUCUCCAGGCAGGUAUUAGACGAUCUCUGACUCGGUUACACUGGAUCGGACUCUGAUGCAGAGACCUCAGAAUCAGAUGGAGGAGGGGUCAGUGGAGGAGGAGGAGGGGGCAGUGCGGAUUCUUUCCCAUCAUCCCUAGCGGGCGCAGCAGCAGCAGCAGUAGUAACAGCGGAGCGUCGCUGUCUCUCUCCGUCUGCGUCUUCAUCUCCCGCGGCCUGGACUCGGCUCUUUCUCGGCUCUUGGUCUCUCGGAAUCUUCUGGAUCCCCCGCACAGGUCCCGGCCUUACGCUGCUGAUGUGGGCGUGUCUCCGCUGACCUUGAGGUGAACAGUCAUGAUGACGACGGUGGCCGCCGAGUACGACCACAAUGAGCUGCAGCAGCAGUACAACAUCAGCAACGACACUGUGAACAACCGCUGGGAGGAUGAGUGGGACAACGAGAACAGCUCGGCCCGCCUCUUCGAACGCUCACGCAUCAAAGCGCUAGCAGAUUUGCGCGAGGCGGUGCAGAAGAAGACCUUCACCAAGUGGGUGAACUCUCACCUGUCCAGAGUUUCCUGCAGGAUCACUGACCUUUACAUGGACCUCAGAGAUGGACGCAUGCUCAUCAAGCUGCUGGAGGUUCUGUCUGGAGAGAGACUGCCAAAGCCGACCAAAGGCCGCAUGCGUAUCCACUGUUUGGAGAACGUGGACAAGGCGCUGCAGUUCCUGAAGGAGCAGCGGGUUCACCUGGAGAACAUGGGCUCCCAUGACAUUGUGGAUGGAAACCACCGCCUGACGCUCGGCCUCAUCUGGACCAUCAUCCUCCGCUUCCAGAUUCAGGACAUCAGUGUGGAGACUGAAGACAACAAAGAGAAGAGAUCGGCUAAAGACGCUCUGCUGCUGUGGUGUCAGAUGAAGACGGCAGGCUAUCCAAACGUCAACAUCCACAACUUCACCACCAGCUGGAGAGAUGGGAUGGCCUUCAAUGCUCUCAUUCACAAACACAGGCCUGACCUGAUCGACUUUGACAAGCUGAAGAAAUCCAACGCUCACUACAACUUACAGAAUGCCUUUAACCUGGCAGAACAACACCUGGGCCUCACCAAGCUGCUGGAUCCAGAGGACAUCAGCGUGGACCAUCCUGAUGAGAAGUCGGUCAUCACCUACGUGGUGACCUACUACCACUACUUCUCUAAGAUGAAGGCCCUGAAGGUGGAGGGCAAACGAAUCGGGAAGGUUCUGGACAAUGCCAUCGAGACAGAGAAAAUGAUAGAAAAGUACGAGUCUCUGGCCUCUGACCUGCUGGAAUGGAUCGAACAGACCAUCAUCAUCCUCAACAACAGGAAGUUCGCCAACUCCCUGCUGGGCGUCCAGCAGCAACUGCAGGCCUUCAACACCUACCGCACCGUGGAGAAACCACCAAAGUUCACAGAGAAGGGAAACCUGGAGGUUCUGCUGUUCACCAUUCAGAGCAAGAUGAGAGCCAACAACCAGAAGGUCUACAUGCCCCGCGAGGGAAAACUCAUCUCUGACAUCAACAAGGCCUGGGAGAGACUGGAAAAGGCAGAGCACGAGCGAGAGCUGGCCUUAAGGACGGAGCUGAUCCGUCAGGAGAAACUGGAACAGCUGGCCCGACGCUUUGACCGCAAGGCGGCGAUGAGGGAGACUUGGCUGAGCGAAAACCAGAGACUGGUGUCACAGGACAACUUUGGGUUCGACCUUCAGGCUGUUGAGGCUGCUACCAAAAAACACGAGGCCAUCGAGACAGACAUUGCGGCCUACGAGGAGCGCGUCCAGGCGGUGGUUGCGGUGGCCAGGGAACUGGAGGUUGAGCACUACCAUGACAUCAAACGCAUCACGGCCAGAAAGGACAACGUGAUCCGCCUGUGGGAGUAUCUGCUGGAGCUGCUGAAGGCACGCAGGCUUCGGCUGGAGAUGAACCUCGGCCUGCAGAGGGUCUUCCAGGAGAUGCUUUACAUCAUGGACUGGAUGGAUGAGAUGAAGAUGCUGCUGCUGUCCCAGGACUACGGCAAACACCUGCUGGGCGUGGAGGACCUGCUGCAGAAACAUGCCUUGGUAGAAGCUGACAUUGCCAUCCAGGCUGACAGGGUGAAGGCGGUCACCACCAAUGCCAAAAGAUUCUCUGUCAAUGAUGAUGGCUACAAACCCUGCGACCCCCAGGUCAUCCAGGACCGCGUGUCUCACCUGGAGUUUUCUUACCAAGAGUUGACACAGCUGGCUGCCGAGCGACGGGCUUGUUUGGAGGAGUCCCGUCGCCUCUGGAAGUUUUUCUGGGAGAUGGCAGAAGAGGAAGGCUGGAUCCGUGAAAAAGAGCAGAUCCUCUCCUCUCUGGAGCAUGGCAAGGACCUCACGGGGGCGCUGCGCCUCCUCAGCCAGCAGCGUGCACUGGAGGAUGAGAUGAGUGGCCGUGCUGGACACCUGCAACACACAAUUGCCGAGGGCCAAGCCAUGGUGGACGCCGGUCACUUUGGAGCCAACAAGAUCCAGGAGCGCAUGUCUGACCUGCAGGCCCAGUGGGUCGCACUGGAGCAGCUGGCGGCCGCCAGGAAGCAGCGGCUGGAGGAGGCGUUGGCCCUGCACCAGUUCCAGGCAGACGCUGAUGAUGUGGACGCCUGGACGCUGGAUGCCCUGCGUAUCGUCUCCAGCGGAGAGACAGGCCACGACGAGUUCUCCACCCAGGCUUUGGUCAGGAAACACAAGGAUGCGGCGGCGGAGGUGGCGAGUUACCGCCCUGUCAUUGACUCACUCCACGAACAGGCUGCUGGCCUGCCCAGAGAGGAAGCAGAGUCGGAGGAAGUUCGCGGUCGUCUUGCCGGCAUUGAAGAACGCUAUAAGGAGGUGGCUGAGCUAACAAAGCUACGAAAGCAGGCGCUGCAGGAUGCACUUUCACUCUACAAGAUGUUGAGCGAGGCAGACGCCUGCGAGGUUUGGAUUGACGAGAAGGAGCAGUGGCUGAACACCAUGGUGAUUCCUGAGAGGCUGGAGGAUUUGGAAGUGAUUCAACACAGGUUUGAGAGUCUGGAACCGGAGAUGAACAACCAGGCAUCUCGUGUGGCCGUGGUCAAUCAGAUCGCACGACAGUUGAUACACAAUGGACACCCGAGUGAGAAGGACAUCAAGAUGCAGCAAGACAAACUCAACAACAGGUGGAGCCAGUUCCGGGACCUUGUGGACCAGAAAAAAGAAUCCCUCAACUCAGCUCUGGGUGUGCAGAAUUACCAUCUGGAGUGUAAUGAGACCAAGUCCUGGAUCAAAGAGAAGACCAAAGUUAUCGAGUCAACGCAGGAGCUGGGCAACGACCUGACCGGAGUCAUGGCACUGCAGCGUAAACUGACCGGUAUGGAGCGGGACCUGGCUGCCAUCGAGGACAAACUGGGCGACCUUCGAAGUGAGGCCGACCGACUGUCAGAGGAGCACCCUGAACAGGCCAAAGCGAUCACAGGUCGCCUGGCCGAGAUCAAUGCCGUCUGGGAGGAGAUGAAGAACACCCUGAAGAACCGCGAGGAGUCUCUGGGCGAGGCAAGGAAGCUGCAGCAGUUCUUGCGCGAGCUGGAUGACUUUCAGUCGUGGCUGUCCCGCACACAGACUGCUAUUGCCUCCGAGGACAUGCCCAACACACUGGCCGAAGCUGAGAAACUGAUGGCCCAGCACGAGGGCAUCAAGAACGAGAUCCAGAAUUAUGAGGAAGACUACCAGAAGAUGCGCGACAUGGGUGAAAUGGUGACACAGGGCCAGACAGAUGCCCAGUACAUGUUCCUGCGCCAGCGGCUGCAGGCACUUGAUACUGGCUGGAACGAACUGCACAAGAUGUGGGAAAACCGGCAGAACCUGCUGUCACAGUCACAUGCCUAUCAGCUGUUCCUGAGGGACACGAAGCAGGCUGAGGCCUUCCUCAACAACCAGGAAUAUGUCCUCGCUCACACUGAGAUGCCUGCGACAUUGGAAGGAGCCGAAGCCGCCAUCAAGAAGCAGGAGGACUUCAUGACCACGAUGGACGCCAAUGAGGACAAGAUCAAUGGUGUGGUGGAGGCUGGACGCCGAUUGGCCAGUGACGGCAACGUUAACGCUGAACGUAUCCAGGAGAAAGUUUCCUCAAUCGAUGACAGACACAAGAAGAACAGAGAGGCGGCGGUGGAACUGUUGAUGAAACUAAAGGACAACAGAGACCUGCAGAAGUUCCUGCAGGACUGUCAGGAGCUGUCCUUGUGGAUCAGUGAGAAGAUGCUCACAGCUCAGGACCUGACGUACGACGAGGCCAGAAACCUGCACAGCAAGUGGCUGAAGCACCAGGCGUUCAUGGCCGAGCUCCAGUCCAACAAAGAGUGGCUGGACAAAAUCCAAAAGGACGGCCAGCUGCUGGUGUCAGAAAAGCCCGAAACGGAGGCUGUGGUUAAGGAGAAGCUCUCGGCGCUUCAGACCAUGUGGGCUGAGCUGGAGUCUACCACUCAGACAAAAGCUCAGUGUCUGUUUGACGCAAACAAGGCAGAGCUUUUCACACAGAGCUGUGCAGACCUUGACAAGUGGCUGCUGGGACUGGAAGGCCAGAUUCAGUCUGAUGACUACGGCAAAGACCUGACCUCUGUCAACAUCCUGCUAAAGAAGCAGCAGAUGCUGGAGAAACAGGUGGAGGUGCGGCAGCGGGAGGUUGUGGAGCUGCAGAGUCAGGUGAAGGCUCUGGGUCAGGAGGUGAAGGACGCUGACGAGGUGGACGGACGAAGACAGGUGGUGGAGAAGAAGUUCCAGGAGCUGCUGGACCCACUGAGGCGUCGCAGGGACUUUUUGGUGGCAUCUCGAGAGGUUCACCAGUUCAACCGUGACGUGGAGGACGAGAUUCUCUGGGUCCAGGAGCGGAUGCCUACGGCCACAUCCACUGACCACGGACACAACCUGCAGACGGUGCAGCUGCUCAUCAAGAAAAACCAGACACUCCAGAAGGAGCUCCAGGGACACCAACCACGCGUCGAUGACAUCUUAGAGCGCAGUCAGAGCUUGCUGAAAGAUGAGUCCCCGAGUGCUGAUGUCAUCCGCCAACGCCUGGCGCAGCUACAGGAGCUGUGGCAAGAACUGAUGAAUGAGGUCGACCUCCGUCACAACCGACUGGAGGAGGCCCAUAAGGCCCAGCAGUACUACUUUGACGCCGCUGAGGCGGAGGCCUGGAUGAGCGAACAGGAGCUGUACAUGAUGUCAGAGGAAAAGGCUAAGGACGAGCUGAGCGCCGUCACCAUGUUGAAGAAGCAUCAGAUCAUGGAGCAGGCUGUGGAAGAUUAUGCCGAGAAUGUGCACUUGCUUUCCAAGACCAGCAGGGGGCUGGUGUCUGACUCACACCCAGAGAGUGAGCGUAUCAGCAUGCGUCAGUCUCAGGUGGACAAACUUUACGCUGGUCUGAAGGACUUGUCUGAAGAGAGACGGGGCAAACUAGACGAGAGACUCCGCCUCUUCCAGCUGAACCGUGAAGUGGACGACUUGGAGCAGUGGAUAGCUGAGCGGGAGGUGGUAGCUGGGUCACACGAGCUGGGACAGGACUAUGAACACGUGACGAUGUUACAGGAGCGAUUCAGGGAAUUUGCCCGGGACACUGGAAACAUUGGUCAGGAACGUGUGGACGCUGUGAACCGCCUGGCUGAUGAACUGAUUAAUGCUGGUCACGGAGAUGCAGCGACAGUAGCAGAGUGGAAAGACGGCCUAAACGAGGCCUGGGCCGACCUGCUGGAGCUCAUCGACACUCGCACUCAGAUCCUUGCCGCCUCCUUCGAGCUCCACAAGUUCUACCACGACGCCAAGGAGAUUUUGGCACGCAUUGUGGACAAGCAAAAGAAGCUUCCAGAGGAAGUUGGCAGAGACCAGAACACAGUGGAGACACUGCAGAGGAUGCACACUACCUUUGAACACGACAUCCAGGCCCUGGGAACUCAGGUGAGGCAGCUGCAGGAGGACGCCGUGCGUCUCCAAUCGGCGUAUGCUGGAGACAAAGCUGAUGACAUUCAGCGUCGGGAGAGUGAAGUGCUGGAUGCAUGGAGGAGUCUGCUGGAAGCAUGUGACGAGCGUCGACUCCGCCUGAUGGACACAGGUGAUAAGUUCCGGUUCUUCAGCAUGGUCCGAGACCUGAUGCUGUGGAUGGAUGAUGUGAUUCGUCUCAUCGAAGCCCAGGAGAAGCCCAGGGACGUGUCGUCAGUGGAGCUGCUAAUGAACAACCACCAGGGCAUUAAAGCUGAGAUUGAUGCCCGUAACGACAGUUUCACCGCCUGCAUCGAGCUUGGGAAGGCGCUGCUCGCCAGGAAGCACUACGCCUCUGAAGAGAUCAAAGAGAAGCUGCUCCAGUUGACAGACAAGAGGAAAGAGAUGAUUGACAAAUGGGAGGACCGCUGGGAGUGGCUUCGUCUCAUCCUGGAGGUGCACCAGUUCUCCCGGGAUGCGGGUGUGGCAGAGGCAUGGCUGUUGGGCCAGGAGCCGUACCUGUCCAGCAGAGAGAUGGGACAGAGCGUGGACGAGGUGGAGAAGCUCAUCAAACGCCAUGAGGCCUUUGAAAAGUCAGCCGCCACCUGGGAGGAGCGCUUCUCCGCCCUCGAAAGGCUGACAACGAUGGAGCUGUUGGAGGUACGGCGGCAGCAGGAGGAGGAAGAACAACGCAGGAGACCACCAUCACCAGAACCUGCACUGAUUCAACAGGAGGCAGAACCUCAGCAGCACAGCGGCAGUGUCAUCGCUCAGAACGGACUGGGGUCAGACCAGGACUCCCCUCCAGAGGGCGUAGACGGGGCUGAUGUGGUGAAUGGCGUGGCAGAGCGUAGCUCCAAGGAGCCGAGUCCCACACCAUCUCCGACCUCCACCAGAAAAAGCCAGUCAUCCACGCUGCCCUCAAAGAUGGUGCAGUCACCGUCACAGCUUGAGGGACUGCUGCACCGCAAACACGAGUUAGAGGGGCACAAGAAGGCGUCCAACAGAUCGUGGCACAACGUGUACUGCGUCAUCAACAAACAGGAAAUGAGCUUCUACAAGGACAGCAAGGCCGCAGCGCAGGGCUCCACCUACCACAACGAGGCCGCAGUGCUCCUGAAAGACGCCGCGUGUGACGUGGCCACCGACUACAAAAAGAAGAAACAUGUGUUUAAGCUACGAGCAACUGAUGGAAAUGAGUAUUUGUUUCAAGCCAAAGAUGAGGAUGAGAUGAGCACCUGGAUUCAGGCUGUCCUGAAUGCUAGUACCGAGUACCGUUCCGAGGUGCAGAGCAGUGAACCUGGCACGCCGGCGUCUGGUCGAGCACAGACGCUGCCGCUCGUCGUCACACUUCCCACCGAGUCCAGUCCUGGCAAACGAGAAAAGGACAAAGACAAGGAGAAACGCUUCAGUCUGUUUAGCAAGAAGAAACAGUAGAAGGAGAAAAAUAUGUACUUUGGUGAAACUGUCGCUGCUGUCUUCGGGCUCCUUCAUUGCUGCUUCACAAACUAUUAACUGGAACCUGCAUUACUGCAUUAAACUUGCCACUUGCCAUGCCUCCAUCUCCCGAUGCUAAGCUACAAUGUUUGCUGUUGAAGAAAGUGCAUCGAAAUCAGCUGGAAAACAAUCAAACCUGUUGGUGACCCCACCAAUGAUGUCACGGUCUAACAGCCAGUGACGGUGCUCGACAUGGUUGUGAAAGUUUCACCAAAGUUCAAAGACUUUUCUUUCCAUACCUUCCCUCACGUGGUCAUUUGAGAGUUAAAUUUAAUGGUGUCUAUUUCAGACAUUACGGUCUAACAAGACCACAACCUCUCUCUCUCUCUCUCUCUGACAUCAGGGACCACGUUAAUCCUUAAUUUCCACUUUGUUUAUUUUUUGUCUUUCCAUAGAUUGCUUUUUCCCCCUGAGGCUGAAAAACUGGACCAAGUGUGCUUUUGUUACCUUGUUUUGUUUUUUUUUUACUUUUGAAGUUGUCAUUUUCAGAUGCUCCACCAUUUUAUAUUUGUCUUGCCAUCAGCCAAUCAUCUGUGAGCAGGUUUGUGAUGUAAUCACUUGCAUGCUUUGACACCUGAAGCUAAGCAACAUUUGCAUUCUCCUUUUUUAGGUUCUGGAUGAUGAUUAUAGUGAUGACAAUGACGACGUGAUAUAAACAUUACAGCUUUGAUGUUAAUGCUAAAGCAGUUAGCGCAGUCAGCCGGGGGCGAAGCAUCUGCAGAGGCAGGAGGGUGGCUUUGCUUGCAGUGUGUUGCUCUGUCUCUCUCUAUUUCACUCUUCUACUGAACAUGUAUGGAAGUUAGCGCCAUCUAUAGGAAUGAGACAAAUAUUUAAACCACAUUAGAACAUUAAGCUUCUCCCCAUUUAUGAAACUGCACCUGUAGACUAUAAAGCUAUCUCUCUCACUCUCCACUCCCCCUUCUCUCUCCCUUCUCUCUCUCCUCUCUCUCUCCAUCCAUCUAUCUCUCUGUGAUGUCAUUAAAGCCUUUAAACUUUUCACUCCAAA